UUGAGCGAAAUGUCAAAAAUAACAUUUAAAUGUCAAAUUUUAAUUUUCGUCUAAAUGAAGAUUAAUUAUCUUGUGUUAUCUUAAAAGAAUCAUCUACUAAUUCAAUUUAAAGCUUAAAGUAUGUGCUAUGUUAUACAGCGUUAGAUUGUUGUACACCCGUUGCCGUUGUGUUAUUUAAAUUAUUUAUUAUUUGUAUGACUUCAAUUUCAUCAGUUAAGUAUAAUGAGAAAAUGUGGGCCACUGACGGUUGAUAGUGAAUAUUUAGGUAGUGACCAACAUUGUUAUCAAUAUUUUGACAAAUUUUUAUAAAAUAGUUAUUUAUUUCCGUCAGAAUAUUGCUCAUUUGUAGCUUCAAAGUCUACUGGCUUUAUACUACUUGUGGUAGCUUUACUUUGAAGGCGAUUUAUUAGUAGUUUCAAUUAGUAGUUUCUUUAUCAAUUUUUUUAUGCUUGUGGCUUUCGUACAUUUGCCUUUUUAUUGCUGAUAGUGUUCUUAUUUCUUGUGUAAUCCACUUAUUUUGCUUUUCACUAACGAAUGAAGCAGUGUGUUGACUUGCAUUCAAGUGCAAGCUUUUUAAUCUGUGUAACUACUCCAGAAUGUAGUCUCAUCAUUGCAGCAGCCCCGUCAGAACGUACACCUACACACAAUUUGACGUCCCAGCAAAUAUUAUUGACUACUAGUGCGUCUUCAGCUACUCGUCCAGUAUCUUAUUCAGAAACUUUGCUAGUGCCAAGACCUAGAAGAAUUUGCCAUUAUAGAAGCAGAAGAACAAAUUUCCGAGUUAUCGAUCAGCGAAAUACUAGAAGGAUGGAAGCUAUUAGCUCAAAGCACAUAUAUUUCAGUGUAUCAUAAUCGCCAGAAGAACUGUCACAGUAUUUUUCAACCAAAGAAGGUCUUUCAUUCUGCAAUAAUGUUGAUAAUUUGAUGCUGAAUUUGUCAAAAACUCAAGCAGAAAUACUAGGAUCUACUAAUUCUUCAAGGAUGGAAGCUAUUAGCUCCAAGCACACAUAUUUCAGUGUAUCAUAAUCGCCAGAAAGAACUGUCGCAAUUUGAUGCUGACCAACAUUAGAUCAUCAACAUAACCCAGAGCGUCUUUUUGUCCACCCUGGCUGGCCACGCAGUCCAUAUGACAGAAAUUUAUGACAAUAUGAUUCGUCUUCUUGACAAAAUUCUUUACAAAGUGUACAAAUAGCAUAUCGGUGUUGACAUCAAAGUUGUAGCAAUUCUAUUUGGUUUACUAUUUCCUUACUGAGUGGGACUAUAGAGGGCUAUAUAUUCAUGAACAAAAGAAUAUACUUGGAAUAAUGGAACUUAAUGAAACAUUUUUACCCCCAUUACACAUAAAAUUAGAUUUAAUGAAAAAUUUCGUCAACAACAAUUUCCCAAUAUUUCAAAUGCAAAAUUUAAAGGACCCCUAAAUUAAACGUCUACAAGAUACACAAUUUGAAGAGACUUUAAAUGGGUUAUCAGCUUAGGAAAAACGAUAGGAAGAUAAUUUUAUGUUUGCUCUACUUAAGAUUGUUGUGAAAUAUUAAAAAUAUCAUGUCUAAACACUUCAAGAAGUUAUCUUUAAGAUGAAGAUAAAAAGAUUUAAAAUCCUAUAAAAACCGAAUCUAUUUUUAUUCCAAAUCAAUUCAAAUCAUGAAUCUUGCAAUACAGUUACUUUAUUUACUUAUUUGUACCACUCAAAUUUAUGGUUGGUACACUUGUGAUGAUAAAACGUUCUGCAGAAACAUCCGGUACAAAGAAUUCGGCGAAUCUUCGUUUAAACUAUUAACCGAUCAUGCUACAGUAACUCACGAUUCCUUAUUUCUCGAUCUCGUCGAUACAAGUCGAAAUAAAACGUUUCUAUUAACCGUGAAUUGUGCGUUCGAACAAAUUCAUCGCUUCAAUAUUCAAGAUCCAGAAAAGAGGAGGUUUAAUCCAAAAGAAUCUUUGCAAGAAUUUCAAUUUAAGGAGAAUGGUAAUUAUAUAAUUGCAAAUGAUCGCAUAAUCACUUAUUGUGGUCCAAGUACAACUACUUUAUACGCGGAUCCAUUUCGAAUUGAGGUUUAUAUAUACGAUACCUUAAUAGCAACUGCUAAUAAUGAUGGAAAAUUAGUAAUAAACACCGAUGAUGACGAUGAAUCGAUUUCAAUGGACUUUGAGUUUAUGGAAACUGAACGAGUUUAUGGGAUUCCGUUACACGCGGAAAGAUUGUCUUUGAGAAAUACGGGACCUGGAGGAACCAUCCCGUAUCGUUUAUACAACGUUGAUCAUUGUUGUUACGCCGUUGAUUCGCAAGAACCACUUUACGGCUCAGUCCCUGUUUUAUACGCUCAUGGAAGGCGAAGAACAACCGGUUUAUUUUGGUUAAAUUCGGCCCAAAGUUUCGUUGACAUUCAAAAUAAUCCGGAUACCACCAAAACUUUUUUUAUUAGCGAAAGCGGCGAAAUGGAUUUUUACGUUUUAAUCGGACCAACAUUAGAAGAAGCAACUAGACAAUAUACUUUGUUAACGGGAAGUGCUAAUUUACCACCACAAUUUUCUUUGGGCCACCACCAAAGUCGUUAUAGUUAUAUGUCUCAAUACGAUUUAUUAAGUGUCGUUAAAAAUUUCGAUGAACACGAUUUUCCCGUUGAUGUUUUAUGGUUAGACAUUGAUUACACGGAUAAUUUUAAAUAUUUCACGUGGAAUUUCGACGCGUUCCCCAACCCCGUAGAAAUGCAACAAACUUUAAACUCAACCGGACGGAAAUUGGUCGUUAUUAUUGAUCCCCAUGUUAAAGUUGAGGAGGGUUAUUUCGUUUAUGAUCAAGGUAUGGAAAAUGGAUAUUUCGUUCAUAACCCGGAUGGAAGUGUUUUUACGGGGCAAUGUUGGCCUGGGUUGAGUACUUACAUUGAUUUUAAAAAUCCGCACGCUCAAAAAUGGUAUUCGAACUUAUUCGAUUUUGAUUAUUUUCCAAGUUCUACGGAAAAUAUGUUUAUUUGGAACGAUAUGAACGAACCGGUUGUUUUUGAUCAAGAUGAAGAAACAAUGCCGAAUUAUCUCGUUCAUUACGAUAAUUGGCUUCAUAGAGAUUUACAUAAUAUGUAUGGAUUCCUUCAAACUUUAGGAACUUGGACUGGGUUAAUGGAUAGAUCGUUAAAUACGCGCAGACCGUUCGUUUUAACUCGGUCCCAUUUCGCUGGAAGUCAACGUUACGCUGCGAUUUGGACGGGGGAUAAUUUACCAACAUGGGAGCAUUUAAGGGUUAGUUUUCCAAUGUGUUUGACGGAAGCUUUAGCUGGGAUUAGUAAUUGCGGGGCGGAUGUUGGAGGAUUUGUUGGAAACGUGGAAACGGAGUUAUUACAGCGAUGGUAUCAAGCUGGGGCGUGGUUACCGUUUUUUAGGCAACAUUCCACUAAAGACAGCGAUAGAAGAGAACCUUAUUUAUUCCCAGAUGAUGUACAAGCAACUAUAAGGAAAGCUUUAAGGGAAAGAUAUGCCCAUUUACAAUAUUGGUACACGACGUUUUUUGAACAUGAAUUAUUUGGUUAUCCAGUUAUACGCCCAAUUUCUUAUUACUUCAACAAUGAUAUAAACACUUUAGAUAUGGAUGAUCAAUGGUUAGUUGGAAAAAAUAUUUUAAUACAUCCAGUAGCUGAACCACAAACUUCUUCAAUAAACGUUUAUUUCCCAGGUGGAAUAGAAACCUUUUGGUACAGUGUAGAAAAAAAUUUGAUGUAUUUUGGAGUAGGAAAUGUUCAAGUUGAAACACCAAUCGAUUACACCCCCUAUUUUUAUAGAGGUGGAAGUAUAAUAACAAGAAAAAACACCCUUAGAAGAUCAUCAAUUGACAUGCAAAACGACCCCUACAACAUUUAUGUAUUCUUAGAUAACAACAAUGAAGCUGAAGGCACUUUAUAUGUUGAUGAUAACAUUUCAUUCGAUUACAAAAACAAUAAAUCAUUCCUAUAUUACCAAUUAUCAUACAUAAAUGGCAUGUUAAAUAUGUACACCCUCGAUGAAGACUCCCACUUUGAAGAUAAAGCCUUCAUCGAAUCUAUUCUUGUCUAUCGCAACCCAAAUCAAUUUGAAGAAGGUACUAAAUACAUCAAAUUAAGUACUGAUAAUGUUUUGAUUAAAAACAAUCUUAAUUUGAAAUUAAAAUCUGGAUUACAGAUUAAAUUAUUGUAA